AUGGAAGCGGAAGACAAAGAGAAUGAAACUACCUUUACUGAGAGAGCCUAUAGUAGACUUCGAAGAGUCUUCACUAGAAGAGGUCUCGUUCUGUUGAUUGUGACCAUUGCUCUAUUUCUCGACAAUAUGCUACUUACUACUGUUGUACCCAUAAUUCCGAAUUUCUUACUCACAACGAGAGCUCGAAGUCUUGUAAACACCAUCUUAAAUGCUACCUCGAAGAACUGCACCUCAAAAAGUCUCCUUGAAAAGAGUCUCACAGAGGCUGUUAUCCACAUGGUUCCAUUUGGCUGGUCAAGUCGUGCCCAUGUUCCACUUUCCAUGGAGGAUUUCUUGGAC